AUGGUCUCAAACAGGGGAGAUAGGAAUACUUCCGAUGUAAUCCACAGACAGCCGCUGCAUGACAAGAAUGCGGGAAAUAGGGGAGUUGGGAGUGAGGAGAGCGGGGAAUGCGCUGAUAAGACGCCCCCAACGCUCGCAACACGCCAGACGAAGAAGCCAUCCGCUAAGAAAACACAGAAACAUCACGCAUCACUCACCAAAGAGAAUCUCAAACGGCACACACGAUCGAUGAGCACGAGUGGGAGUGCUUGGGGUUCGGGGAGUGUAUACGGCAACAACGUAACCAAAGUAACAGCCGCAGCUACGCACUUGUCAGAAGUUUCGCCCGCGCCAUCGCCACCGCACAAAACAAAGCGCAAGAUGAGAGACAGGGACAGGUACACGGCCCAACUUACCCCGCGCAAGCUCAAGCGUAUACGUGAGUUUAAAGAGAUCGACGAAUGGCAGCUGAGUGAGGAAUUGGUGUUGUUUUGA